AUGCAACAACCACAAUCAAAGUUUGCCCAAAAGCAUCCAUAUCAUUUCAGUACCACAUCUUCAGUAUAUGAUCAAAAUGAUAAUAACCCUUAUAAGGGAAGUACUGAUGUAAUUGCUGAAGAACCAUCAAUUGAAACAAGUUCAAAUAAAAUACCCAAUUCAAGCCAAGAUCUGUUUGGAAUUCAGUCUAUCAAUUCAUUCAAUUCCAUCAGUCCUAACAAUCAAGUAGAUGAAGACGUUACCCCGAAGAUUCCUCAAAUAAGUAAUUAUAAAGAUCAAUUGGAUGAUAAAACUCCUUUGAUGAAUGAAUCAGCCACAUUUAAUCGUUUGAGUCAAACCAGUAGUCCUAUAUCACCAAACCAAGUAAGCCCGAAUCUAGGUCAAUCAUUUCCAAAACAGAAUUUGAAUAAUAAAUUCAAAAGAUUAUCAGUGACUUUGCAAUCAUCAAGUUUAAAUGCAUCUGAUGGAUCUCAUAAAUUUAUGAAUAACUUUAACAACAAUGUUAGAUCAAGUAUGAUUGAACAACAACAACAGCAACCUCCAGAACAUUCAAAGAAUAAUAGAGUUAGUAUCUAUUAUAAUAAGAUUAACGAUGCGGUAGUUGAAGAUGAAGGAAAUAAUACUCAUGAUAUAGUUAGAGAAAAUUCUUUUAAAGCUCAUGAAACAGUUUCAAUUACUAGUUCUGUAAGUAAUAGAUCUAGUUUUGUAAGUACAGAAGAAUCUAAACAUUCUACUUCUGAGAGUUAUGAAUCAUCAUCCAAUUCAGCCUUUAAUUUUACUAAUAAUCCUGGUAAAGUUGUUCCAUUGAAAGUCGUUAAAAAUACUUCAAUUCCAAUGGAUGAAAUACCUGCUAGAAAAGAUUUACUUAAAAAGCUGAAGCAAGAAGAAUUAGAUAAUGAUUUUAAAGGACUUAAUAUCAGUUACAAAGAGAAAUCCGAUCAAACUUUAUAUCAUGAUGCUGAAAGUCAUAGCAGUGAUACGAAACUAGAUCAACCAAUAGAUAGACGUGAAGACAUAAACAAUAUGGGACAAGAUGAUGAAGACCUUUCUUCAUUAUUUGUUCGAGCUUUACACCCAUUUGAUUCAUCAAUCCUACAAAGUGAGGCCGAUGCUUCAAUUUGUCUUGCAUUUGAAAAAGACGAUUUGGCAGUGGUUCACACUAUCGAUGAAAGUGGAUGGGGUGAAGUUACCUUGAUUGAAACUCUACAAAGAGGUUGGGUUCCAAUGAAUUUCUUCAAAUUUGCUAUUGAUGAUAAUGAUGAUAGUGAUGAAGAUUAUGAAUUCGAAGAAGAAAAUGAAAAUUUUGAUGAUGGUAAAAUUCCAAACAGUGCAUUCUUAAAACCAUUAUUCGAUUCAUGUGGGAAAUUUUUGAUUAAUCCAUUAUGUCAUAAAAAUCGUUAUGGUAACUAUACUUUUUCAAUUAGAAUUAUCAAUUCUGUCAGGGAUGGAGUUAAAAUGUUAUUAGAAGAUACCGAUUGUAUAUCUAGAUCUAGUGAGAUCGUAACUAAAAGACCUAUAGUCAGAAAGGCAAGGAAAUCAUUAUUAAGUGAUUGGUAUAAUUUGAUGGUCAAAGCUAAUGAUUUCAAAGGAACUUCAAAUUUCAAUAAAAUUGAGAUCUUAACUUUGAUGAUUUAUCAAGUUAUUAGAAGAUCAAUUGAAUUCUUGAAAAUAUGGUCAAUUGAAAGUAAACAAAUCAUUAAGAAAGAAAAUGAAAAGAAAUUACAAAACGAUAUGAAUAAUUAUCCUUUAUUACCAACUCCUCCAUUAGCAAAGGAAAGAGUUACUGAAAUCAAUGGAAUCUUAUAUUCAUAUCUUGGAUUAAUCAUUGGAAGAUUAGAUCUUAUUGAACAUAAUUCUGUUGGAUGUGAUUUGUUAGAAACUUUAACUCAUCAUAUAAUCUUAUUAUUAAGAGAAUUGUUGUUCAUUUCAAGAACAGGAUCCGAUGCAUCAUCUAAAAAACCUUCGAAUUUAGAUAAUUCUUUGGAUAAUCUUUUAUCUUUAGUAAGUGAUUUAGUUACAGCAGUCAAAUGUUUAGUUAUUAAAACAUUGAAUGAAUCAGUUGAUGAUCAAAGAUACCAAAUUAACCAUAAUCAAUUACAACAAAUCAAACAGGAUGAAACCAAAUCUAAAAAUGUUUAUGAUUAUUAUUAUACACCUGAAGGAGGAGAAUUAAUUCAAAUUUGUGCUAAAAUGAUUAAAGAAAUUCAUUUAACUGUGUUAUCAGUCAGAAAAUUGUUUCAAAUAACUGGUAAUUUCAAAUUAAAUGCCCAAAGAUCAUAUCCUGAUUAUUCAAAGAUGAGAAUAGAACCAGUUGAAUUCAUUCGUCAAUGUAGUAUUGGUAUUGCUAAAUCUAAUACUAUUAAGAAUCGUCAAUUGAAAAGUAUUCAACCAACGAAUAAGAAUGUUUCAAAUAGAUAUUCAAUUAUGAGAUCAGGCAAAACAGGAGAAUUAUCAUUAACUCCAGGAGGUGCUGGAUUAUUACAUGAUGUAUUAUUAAAUGAUAUUGAUGGAUCAUUUUCAAAAGAUCAAGAUUUUGCUAAAUUUACUGAUUCUAAACCACGAGAAAAUAUCUAUAAUCAUCAAGAUAAUGAAGUUAAAGUUGAAAAUGAAUUAUUGGUUGAUGCUCAAGCCAAAUUAUUAGGGGCUUCAUUCAAAGGAUUGGUUUAUAUUUUAACUAAUGAAGAUGCUCCACCUGAUCAUUUUUUCAUUUCAACUUUCUUCCUUUUCUUUAGAUAUUUUGCUAAUGGUAAUGAUUUAGUUGAAGAAUUGAUUACAAGAUUUGAUAUGCAAAAUACUUUCUCCAAAAAUCCUAAAACUAAAGAUAUUGUUAACGGUGAUUUGAAAUUGAAAAAUCGUAGAAAAGCCGUUUUACAAAUAUUUGAAAUUUGGUUAAGUAGUUAUUGGAAUUUUGAUACUGAUUAUCAUUUAUUACCAACAUUAAUUAAUUUCUUCAAUGAAGGAGUUACUCAAUUCUUACCAAUUCAUGCUAUGAAAUUAUUAGAUAUAUCAGCAUUAUUAUCAUCAAAACCAUUAACUGAAAAGACUCCAAUACCAAAAUAUAGAAGAAAUAGUCAUCAAUUGAUUAAAAGAAGAAUUUCAAUGACUGGUGUUGCUAUUAAAAGUAUUGAAAUUACCGACAGUUCAAGAUAUUCAAUGACUUAUGAUUAUGAUUUAUCUCAUAGUAAUACUAAUUCUUCAACAUCAUCAAUUCAAUCAGUUACUUUACCAUUCAUUGAAACUCCAAAUGAAAAUACUAAAAAUCAAAUUUCAACUAUUGAAAAAUUAGAUUUAACUUAUAGAGCAGUUAUUGGUAAUAAAUGGUGUCAAAAUAAUUAUAUUAAUGAUAAACAUUAUAUACCACUUGAAUUAUCACAAAUUUUACCUAAUUGGUGUGAAAUUUGUGAUGAAAGUUGGGUUUUAACAAGUUAUAGACCAAAUUUGAUGGAUUUUAAACCAGCUGAAUUAUCAAGACAAUUAACCAUCAUUGAAUCUUUUAUUUUUUGUAAUAUUAAACCCAUUGAAUUAUUACAUGAAAAUUAUUCAGCUAAGAGAUCUAACUUAAAAUUAGCUCCAAAUGUUAGACAAUCAUUAUUAUUCACAAAUUGUUUAUCAGCUUAUGUUUUGGAAUCUAUUUUACAACCAAAUAUUACUAAUAAAUCAAGAUUACAAUAUAUUCAAUUUUGGUUAGAAAUCGGUAUUAAAUGUGUUAAUUUAAGAAAUUAUAAUUCAUUGGCUGCUAUUAUAACUUCAUUACAAAGUCAUUUAAUUACAAGAUUAACUAAAUUAUGGGAUGAAUUAUCAUCAGAAUAUUUUGACUUGUAUGAAUAUUUAUCAGGAAUAAUUCACCCUAAUAAGAAUUAUACUGUUUAUAGAUCCAAAUUAAGAAAUUUAAUGACUAAUGAAACAAGUUUACCAAAAGUUCCAUAUUUCCCAUUAUUUUUACAAGAUUUAACUUUCAUUAGUGAAGGUAAUCCAAAUUUCAGAAAAGGUAAUGAUUUCUUAAAUAAGAAGUUGAUUAAUAUUGAUAAAUAUUUAAAGAUUACUAGAAUUGUAGCUGACAUUGAAAGUUUACAAAUUCCAUAUCCAACAAUCAUUUCUAAUGAUAGUAAUAAUAAUUUGACUAUUCAACCAAUGCCUGCAUUACAAGAACUUAUAUUGUUAGAAUUGUGGAAAGUCAAUCAAGUAAAUAAGAAGGAAGAAGAUCGUUCAUGGAAAUUAAGUUGUGUGAUUCAACCUCGUGAUGCCAACUAG